AUGCCUGAAUCAAUUGCCAUCAUUUCCUCCGCGUGUCGGUUCCCUGGCGGAUCCAACUCACCGGCAAAGCUUUGGGAACUUUUGAAGGAACCGCGGGACAUUCUGAAGCCGAUUGAUGAGAGUAGGCUGCGCCUCUCCAAAUUCCAUCACAACAAUGGGGAACACCACGGAAGCACCGACGUCCAGGGCGCCUCAUACACACUCGAAGAUGAUUGCCGACUCUUUGAUGCUUCGUUUUUCGGCAUCAGCCCGCUCGAGGCGGAUAUAAUGGAUCCACAGCAGAGGAUAUUGCUGGAAGUCGUCUAUGAAGCCUUUGAAGCAGCAGGCUAUUCAUUAGACCAGAUGCAGGGAUCCCAAACAUCUGUCCACGUCGGUGUUAUGAAUGGGGAUUACUACGAUUUACAGAUGAGAGAUCCCGAGACUCUACCCACACAUACCGCCACUGGCACGGCCCGGAGCAUUCUUUCCAACAGAGUCUCAUACGCCUUUGAUCUCCGAGGUGCAUCAAUGACGAUAGAUACGGCAUGCUCAAGUUCACUUGUAGCACUACACCAGGCCGUUCAGGGUCUUCGAAACGGCGAGGCCACCAUGGCGGUGGUUGGAGGCGCCAACCUGCUUCUUGACCCUCUGAUGUACAUUGCAGAAUCCAAUCUACAUAUGCUUUCUCCUGAUUCGCGCUGCAAGAUGUGGGAUAAAUCAGCAAAUGGAUACGCCCGAGGCGAGGGUUUUGCUGCCGUCUUGCUCAAGCCUUUGAAGGAUGCUAUCCGGGAUGGAGAUCACAUCGAGGGUGUGAUCCGUGAGACUGCAGUGAAUUCCGAUGGACGUACCAAGGGAAUUACAAUGCCCAGUCCAACCGCCCAAGCUGCGAUGAUUAGACAGGCCUAUAAGAAUGCCGGACUGGAUCCUACGGUUGAUCGCUGCCAGUAUUUCGAAUGCCACGGCACAGGAACUCAGGCAGGUGAUCCUGUGGAAGCCCAAGCAAUCAGAGAUGCAUUCUUUCCUCCAGGUCCUGGUAUCCAAGAUGACACCAAAUUAUACGUCGGCUCGAUCAAGACCAUCAUCGGGCACUUGGAGGGAUGUGCUGGAUUGGCAGGCCUCAUUAAAGCGCUGCUGGCUAUGAAGCAUCACACGAUCCCACCAAAUCUUCACUUCAAGGAGCUUAGUUCCAAAGUCGAGCCUUUCUAUCACAACCUGCAGAUCCCCACCAAAGCGAUACCAUGGCCUGAGACAAGCGAUAAAUGCAUGAGAGCCAGUGUCAAUAGCUUUGGCUUUGGUGGAACAAAUGCACACGUUAUCCUGGAAAGCUAUGAGGGCGAAAAGCCAGCCGCGAUUGAGAUUCCCGACGAUAAGUUCAUAGGACCUCUGGUGUUGUCAGCUAGCUCCGGUGUAUCGCUGAUAGAAUCUGUCAAGUCUUAUGCAGAUCGGAUAAGAUCAGAUCCCUCUUUGGAUCUCGAGAAUCUUUCAUGGAUUUUACAGAAGAAAAGAAGCUCGUUAUCGUCCAAGAUCUUCUUUUCAGGUGCGACACGUCAGCGCUUGAUUGACUUUAUGGAUAGAUUUGUGGAGGAUUCAUCUUCUGUGCCACCAGACACUGUUGGAAAUCAGUUCCAGCCCAUCGAUCCUAACGAGACGCCUGGCAUUCUGGGUGUCUUCACUGGUCAAGGAGCUCAGUGGGCCUCCAUGGGUCGGGGGCUGUAUCAAUCAUCUCACCUUUUCCGAAGCUCGAUUGAGCAAUGCGAAGUUGUUAUAAACAAGUUACCAGAUGCUCCCAGCUGGUCACUUACUGAGCAACUCCUGGCUGACGAGGACGUUUCACGCAUUUCCGAAGCAGAAAUAUCUCAGCCCAUCUGCACAGCGUUGCAAAUCGCUCUGGUUGAUCUACUAAGAGCUUCUGGUGUCAAGCUUGAUGCCGUGGUUGGUCACAGUUCUGGUGAAAUUGCUGCGACCUAUGCUGCUGGAAUUAUUAACCUUGAGAAUGCGAUGCAGAUUGCAUACUACCGUGGCUUCCAUUCGCAUUUAGCGAAGAAGAGUGUACCAGGCGCCAUGAUGGCCGUUGGACUCAGUUUUGCGGAUGCUUACAAGUUCUGUAACCAGCCUGAAUACUUUGGACGCCUCAAGGUCGCGGCCAGUAAUUCUCCUCUCAGCGUCACGCUGUCUGGAAACGCAGACGCCAUUAUGCAAGCUAAAGCGCAUUUUGACGAAAGUAAGACGUUUGCAAGGCAGUUGAAGGUCGACACAGCAUAUCAUUCACACCUUAUGAUUCCGUGCGCAGAGGCAUACCUGAAAUCACUACUGGCCUGCGACAUCCAAAUCCAGAGCCCCCGGGAGGAUUGCAUCUGGUCAAGUAGCGUUCGUGGUGACACUGACCUGCUAGAAGAUGGACUUCAGCCUCUCAAAGGACAAUACUGGGUGGAUAACCUCCUUGGCAUGGUUCAGUUCUCUCAAGCUGUAGAACAUUCGAUUUGGCACGGCGGCCCUUUCAAUGUCGCCAUCGAAAUCGGCCCUCAUCCAGCGCUCAAGGGCCCGGCUGAACAAACACUCAAGACGUAUUUCGGAACCGUGCCCAAUUACGCAGGACUGAUGAGACGUGGUGACGAUGAAGUUGAGGCCUUCUCUGGCGCAUUGGGAUAUGUGUGGUCUUAUCUUGGCUCCUCGGCCGUUGACUUUGACGGCUACCGCAAAGCAUUUGAUCGUCAAACAUCCCCAAAUCUGUUGAAAGACCUUCCAAGUUACGGUUGGGACCAUCGCAGGGCCUAUUGGAGAGAAUCCCGAGUCUCACGUAACUACCGCUUGCGCAAUGACAAGAGCCAUGAGUUGCUCGGCCGCAGGACGCCCGACGACUCAGACCAAGAAUUGCGAUGGAGAAAUAUUAUCCGACUCCACGAGCUGCCAUGGAUUCAAGGCCAUUUGUUCCAGGGCCAGGUACUGUUUCCUGGAGCAGGAUAUAUUGUCAUGGCUCUACAAGCGGGUGCAGAAAUUGCAGAUCAACGUGCUGUUGAGCUUUACGAAGUCACUGAUAUCUCCAUGGAUAGAGCCAUGGUGAUUCCAGAGGGUACGGCUGGCGUUGAAACAUUGUUUACUGCUAGAUUAUUGGAGAAUCAGUCCAAGGUUGAGUCGAGUGAGAGUUUGAGCUUCGAAUUCGCUUGUUAUUUCUGUAAUGAUGAGAACAACGGUCAACCUGUGAAAGCCGCUUAUGGUCGCUUGACAAUUCUCUUCGGCGAUUCCGAUACUCUGCAUCUACCUCCUCGACUGGUGCCAGCUUCAAACUUGGUCCCUAUCGACAUGGAUCGAUUUUACACGUCCAUGACCAGUGUUGGCCAAGAAUACCUGGGUGUUUUCCGCAGCAUUAAAGAAGGUAGAAGGGCAUUGGGCUUUUCAUCUACAGUCUCGUCGUGGGAGACUGACAAUCUGAAAGGCAAUAAUUACGUUAUGCAUCCCGGCUUUUUGGACGUUGCGCUACAAACUCUUUACGUCUCAUUUGCUUCUCCAGCCAGUGGAGGUUACUGGGCGCCAUAUCUCCCAGUAAAGGUCGGCCGACUUUCGUUAAAUCCUCAUGCCACCUAUUCCAACGGUGCAAUGACGGAGAUGGAGGCCGAUAGCUUUGUUACGACGGGAUCAUCAACACUGCUCAAGGGAGACAUUCACGUCUAUCUUAAAGGUGGUUCACAGACAACAUUGCAGAUCGAAGGUCUCGAGAUGAAAGCCGUCUCUGAGCCGCAAGCCUCCAACGAUAAGCACCUCUUUUCUGAAACCGUUUGGCGAGCGGAUUCGUCCUUUGCUCUGGUGGAUUUAGACGCAGAAAUCGAAGACUUGGACGAUAUCCCACUAAUGGAGGCAUUAGACCGCACAGCUGUAUACUAUUAUCGCAAGUUCCUUGCCGAUAUUGGUUCCAAAGAUCGCAAGACGUUUGCAUGGUACUACCAGCUGAUGACUACUGCUGCAGAGGAGCUCAUAGCUCGUGCUGCAAACGGUGACCAUCCAGUCAUAAAGCCAGAGUGGCUCAAAGACUCCGCUGAAGUCAUUGAAGAGCUUAACAAGACACAUGGAGAGAGCGUUCAUCUCAAGCUGAUACGUGCCGUAGGCGAAAACCUGCUGAAGCUCGUGGUUGGCAAAGUGCAAAUUCUCGAGGUGAUGUUGGCUGAUGACAUGCUCAAUCGAUUCUAUGUAGAAGGUUACAAUUUCUCAAUCCUCAACAACAAAAUCGGACAGGCUAUGAAACAGAUCACGUUCAAAAAUCCUCAGGCAGUUGUCUUGGAGAUUGGUGCUGGCACGGGAGGCACGACAAGAAGUGUUUUCGAUGCCAUUGACAGCGCUUACUCUUCAUAUACAUUCACAGAUAUCUCGACUGGAUUCUUUGAGAAUGCUGAAGAGAGAUUCCGUGACCACAGUGGCAAGAUGACGUUCAAGGUCUUGGACAUUGAGAAGGACCCCCAGAGCCAGGGAUUCACCGAGAAUACUUAUGAUGUUAUCAUUGCUGCCAAUGUUUUCCACGCGACCCGAACGCUAGGCGAUACAAUGCGCCAUGUCAGGAGUCUCUUGAAGCCUGGUGGCUUUCUGCUCAUGCUCGAAGUAACCGGCCCAGAACUUUUGAGAACGCAUUUCAUCAUGGGUGCAUUGUCUGGAUGGUGGCUGGGUGGUGAUGACGGUCGUGUCUUGUCGCCAGCUUUGACAGCCUCUCAGUGGGAUGAGCUGCUUCAAGAGACGGGAUUCUCUGGUGUCGAUACCAUAUUCUAUGAUACAGCUGAUGAGGCCCAGCACUCGGUUUCAUUUGUCCUGAGUCGAGCGACGGACUCUCAAGUUGAACUGCUGCGUAACCCUCUCCCCAGAAUUCACGAUAUCCAAGGCGAGCAGCCCAUCUUGAUCGUUGGUGGCAAAUCAUUGUUCACAGCGCAAAUUGUCACGGAUGUCCAGAAGUCGUUGUCUCACUGGAAGAAGCGUAUUAUCAAAGCCAAGAGCUUGGACGAUGUACCUGUGUCGACUCUGGUGCCAGGAACGUCUGUUCUCUUCCUCGGGGAUCUUGACAAGCAAGUCUUCUCAGACAUGACGUCGGAACGAUUGAUGCGACUACAGAGUCUCUUCCUCACGGCAAAGAACGUCCUUUGGAUCACCGAAGGCAGAACAGCCAAGAAUCCAGAAGCGAACAUGAUAGUCGGAGUCGGCCGCACCUUGUGGACAGAAAUGGCCCAUCUAAAGCUCCAGUUCCUAGACAUUGAUACUGACGUCAGAUCUCGAGACAUUUCCAAGAUCAUCACUCAGGCCUUCUUAAGGCUGGAAGUCUUGUCCCAUCCAGAGUACGAUGGCGAAAACAGUCUUUGGCAAAUAGAGCCUGAGUUGAUCUACGAUGGAGAAAAGAUGCUCAUCUCUCGAAUCUUGCCAAACAAGACUCUCAAUGAUAGACACAAUGCCAGCCGACGACCGAUUAAGCAGACUCUCGAUCUGCAAUCUGCGGCCGUCGAUAUUGUCCAAGAAGGAAAGUCAUUUGUGCUUGUCCCAUCCGCCCCAGGUGCAUUCGCGGAAGAUGAGAAGAUUCAAGUGAAGUACUCGCUGUCUCUAUCUAAUGACACUCAACACCCUGUGCUCCUCAACGUUGGCUCGAACUCGCACACAGGCGAAACAGUGAUUAGUCUCAGUAGAUCAUGCUCGUCUACUUUGGACGCGGCUAAUGCUAUAAGCCUUGGCGACGUACUUUGCAACGCCCAAUUGUUGGAAUCGAUCGCCUGCAGUAUCUUCUUGGAUCUCAUCCGCAGCAGAAUCCCAACCAGAGGUACAAUCUUGUUUUACGAGCCACCAAAGGCCUUAGUCCACCGACUGCAAUCAGAUGCCGAUCUGAAAAACAGAGAAUUCCGCUUUGUGUCCACGGGCACGAAACAAGCGUCGCCUGACUGGAUUCAACUAUUCCCAAGGGCCUCACAAACUGCCAACAGGCUUUUGCUACCGCUUGACACAUCCUGCGUUUUCGAGUUCCAGAAUGCUUCAAGUGUCAAUCUAGAGGGCAUCUUGCCACCCAAUACCUCAAUUCUCAGUGUAUCUGAUAUCUUACACGAGAUUCAGAGUAGUUGGCAAACGAAGUUGUCCAGUUUCUUACACGACCUACACCAGUCCAACUCUGAUUCCAUUCAUACACAGAUGAUCAAGGUGUCUCGCCUUCUUGAGUCAUCACCUGAGAGUGUAUCAGAUUCCAUUAUUAUCGACUGGAAUGACUCAAGCCUACUUAACGUGGCUCUCAAACCACUGGAUGUGUCCAAGGCUUUCUCGAGCAAUAAGACCUAUCUCCUGGUUGGCAUGACCAAAGAACUUGGCCUUUCUCUAGCCCAGUGGAUGGUCAAGAAUGGCGCGCGUCAUCUUGCGCUCACCAGCCGAACCGGUAGCGUAGAGGAUCCCGGAUGGGUUCCAGCAAUGAAGGCACACGGAGCAAAUGUGCAACUCUUCAGCAUGGACGUCUCGGAUUUGGGUUCAGUUACCGAAGUCGUCGAGACUAUUAACAAGACCAUGCCACCUAUCGCCGGAGUAUGCAACGCGGCAAUGGUUCUGUCAGAUGGUUUAUUCGCAGACAUGAGCUUCGAUGUAUUACAAAACACGCUGAAGCCCAAAGUGGAUGGAAGCCGAAAUCUGGACCGAGUAUUCUAUGAUACACCUCUCGACUUCUUCGUCUUGUUCUCUUCAAUGGCGAGUAUCAUCGGAAAUCCUGGACAGUCAAACUACCACGCCGCCAAUCUCUACAUGGAGGGACUUUGUGGUCAGCGCCGCAGCCGCGGACUUGCAGCCUCAGCUAUGCACAUAGGCAUGGUGGCCGAUAUUGGCUAUGUUGCCCGGAGAGGCCAAUCCAUGGAAGACCAUCUGCGCAAGAUGUUCUUCUUGCCUCUUUCAGAAUCUGACGUACAUCAGCUGUUCGCCGAAAGCAUCUUGACAAGCCAGGACACUGUUUACGGGCUGGAGCCUUUUGUAGACUCGCCUGAAGCGCCGAAGCGACCACCUUGGGAAGGAAACCCUCGCUUCUCUCAUUUCAUGCGCAAGGAAGCAUCUAGCAACGAAGUAUCUAAGGAUCGUGCUCUAGACACAGACUACAAGCAGCGUCUGCAAAGUGAUGAAUCGGAAGAUUCUCUGAUUGAAAUGGUUCAGCAAGUAUUCGGACGGAAGCUGGAGGCCAUGAUGCAGUUGUCGCCUAACAGUAUCAAUCUCAACGUGCCUUUGAUCGACUUGGGUGUUGAUUCCUUGUUGGCCGUCGAAAUCCGAAGUUGGUUCUUGAAGAAGCUUGGCAUGGACGUCCCGGUCCUGAAGGUGCUUUCAGGUGAUACAACUGCACAGCUGUGCGAGGAUGCAACUAGAAGGUUCUUGGGCCUCAAGCUAAAGCAGAAUUCAACGUCCAAACCGGAGCAGCAGCCGGCGAUUCUGAAAGUCACAACAGGGACCCCAAUUUCAGACAACAGAAGCAGCAAAUUUCUUUCGAUUGAAACACCUGCCUUACAACCCAGUAGUGCGUCCAAUUCGAGCGGUCACGAAGAUGAUUCUGCACAUUCGUUAGGUGACUCCGUCAGCGUCCCGGACAUUGCUACUCCUAAUGAAGAGUGCUCUCAAAACUCCUUCAACUCGAGCUCGACGGUUGAUUAUGAGGCCGAGGUACUGGAAUUUGGACUUAACCAGGCUAUUAAAGAAGCUGAGAUUAUGUCUCAUGCUCAAUCUCGACUGUACGUCGCGCAGAACUACGUCAAUGACCCAACCACCUACAACGUCACAGUCACUUAUCAAAUCCAAGGAAAUCUCCAGAUCCCAAGGUUCAAGCAGGCAUUAAAUUCAGUAAUGACUCACCACGAAUCAUUGCGAACAUGCUUCGUCAAAGAUGAAAACACCAGUCUUCUCAAACAGGGUGUCUUGCCAUCUCCGUCUUACUACCUCAGAAUCGUGCAAUCUAAACAAGACGAUGCGGUAGACCGAGAGAUUGCUCUGUUCAAAGCCAAACACUGGGACUUGGACCAUGGAAGAACGUUUGGAGUUUCUUUAGUCGUUCAAUCACCGGAAGUGAGCACUGUUAUCUUUGGCUAUCACCACUUGGUAAUGGAUGGUGUGAGCUGGCAUAUCUUCCUGCGAGAUCUUAGCACCGCUUACCAGCUUCGCCCAUUGGUCAAAUCAUCGAGUAGCUACAUCCAGUACGCAAAGAAACAGCAAGCAGCUAUUGAAAACGGAGAUUUCGCUGGAGAUUUGUUAUUCUGGAAGCAACUCCAUGACCAACCAUCGGAGCCCCUGCAACUGCUCCCCAUCACCAAUGUUGUUGCCCGUAAACCACUGACCCAAUACUCCAGCCACGUUCAGUCUCGGGUCAUCGAUACAGAGUUGGUGUCUCGAAUUAAACAAGCCAGCAAAGCUUUGAGAGUGACUCCGUUCCACUUUCAUCUAAGCAUCGUCCAACUCAUCCUGUCACGAUUCUUGGCACUAGACGACAUUUGCAUUGGUGUGACUGAUGCCAACCGCUUAGAUGAAGACUUUUCAGAAACUGUUGGAUUCUUUUUGAACCUCCUGCCAUUGCGUUUCCAGGUAGAUCAAGACGGCUCCUUUGGUCAACUUGCCGCCAACACGUCCCGCAAAGCUCUUGAGGGCCUGGCUCAUUCUGCCGUCCCCUUUGAUAUUAUUCUCGAUCACCUCGACGUUGCCAGAUCACCAGCCUACAGCCCUCUUUUCCAAGUAGCUGUCAACUAUCGAGUGGGAGCUUUGUUGAAAAGAUCCAUGGGUGAUUGCGGAAUUGAACUCACCCAGGUCGAGGACGCUAAAAAUCCUUAUGAUAUCAGCUUUGGAGUCACAGAGAUUACCUCUGGCACCUGUCUCAUUGAGCUCACAUGCCAGAAUGCGCUCUACACUGUGGAGGAUUCUCAGACCUUGAUGGACAUUUAUAUCCACUUGCUCGAGACGCUGUCCUCGAACACAGAGUUGAAGGUCAAAGAUUGCCCUUUGUUCGACAGUAAAGCCAUCUCUCAGGCAGUUGAAGUGGGCAAAGGACCAGACGUCUCUUACGACUGGCCGCCAACACUUUCGGCGAGAUUCAAUGAGGUGCAGAGAGCGUACCCCGAUGACAUUGCGGUCAAGGAUGGACUCAGAGAUGUUUCUUACUCUCGGUUAUCGAACGAAGUCAAUGGCAUUUCACAGCUCAUUCUUGCGCAAGGUGCAUCUCCAGGUGCCCAUAUCGCGGUUCUAUGCGAACCGUCCGUAGAUUCAGUCGCCUCUAUGCUCGCCAUUCUUCAGGCGGGAUGCGUUUACAUCCCACUAGAUCUCAGCCUCCCAGCCGCCCGUCACAUAUCGAUCUUGAAUGAUUGUGACCCCGCGUUCGUCAUCGUUCAUGAAGCUACCAAGGAGGCCGGUACGCAGCUGAUUGCGGCAUCGCAAACCAAUGCUCAGUUGCUCAACGUAUCUGAUAUAAAAGCUAAGGACGAACUGGUUUCAAUUGAAGGACAAGCAGACGCGCCCGCAUGUAUCCUGUAUACCAGUGGUUCCACGGGGAACCCGAAGGGAGUUGUCCUCUCCCAGGCCAAUUUCGCCAACCACCUAGCUGUCAAGACACAAGAGCUUCUCAUUGAGCGCGAAGUGGUCCUUCAACAGAGCUCUCUGGGCUUCGACAUGUCCAUCAUCCAAAUAUUCGUAGCUCUUGCCAACGGCGGCAAACUGGUCAUCGCCUCACGCGAGAAACGUGGCGAUCCUAUUGCACUUUCUGAGCUUAUGCAAAAGGAGUGUGUCACAUUCACCAUUGCCACGCCUACUGAAUAUCUCAUGCUACUGCGAAAUGGUGAAGAACAUCUCCGAAAGUGUACUUCAUGGCAACAAGCGUGCAUGGGAGGUGAGGUGGUGUCAUCACAACUACUCCAUCAGUUCAGAUGCUCUCAAGUCUCAGUAAAGCAGCUUACAAACUGUUAUGGACCAACUGAAAUCACCGCCGCAGCAACUUUCCAAGAUUUGUCCCCAGCACUAACAGACGGCUCAUUUCAAGUAACUGAAGGCUUGAUAGGCAAGGUUUUGCCUAAUUACUCGGUCAAAAUUCUCGAUUCCAGCGGCAACGCAGUACCACUUGGCGUUUGUGGCGAGAUCGCCAUUGGUGGUCAGGGUGUCGCGUCGGGAUAUCUUCAUCUACCUGAAUUGACGGCAGAGAAAUUCGUACUUGACUCACAUAGUACCCAGGAGGGCGCCAGCAUGUACAGGACAGGCGACAAGGGUAGACUACGCCGCGACGGUUCACUAGAAUUCCUGGGCAGACUCGACCAAGAUUCGCAAAUCAAGCUUCGCGGUCUUCGAAUCGAACUGGGUGAAAUUGAGCAUGUUCUCAUUCAGGCUGGAGAAGGCUUAUUCUCCGAUGUUGUGGUCACAGUCAAGGGCGAUCCCGCCGUUCUGGUCGCCUACGUUGUUCUUAACAAGGACAGGACAGCGGAUCGAGCAACGCUGCAGGCUAUCCUUUCGAAACUGCCUCUUCCACAAUACAUGAUCCCUGCUGCUAUUCAAGUUCUCGAACGGCUACCAACCAAUUCGAGUGGCAAAACCGACAGGAAAGCGGUUGCAAGCCUCGAUUUUGUCCUUGUAGCAGAAGGUAGCCAUUCUAACGAGCGUUUGGACUUGUCUGAGGGAGAAUUACUGCUGCUCUGGCAAAAGGUUCUUCCUAGUACAAACGAAGCUCAUAGCUUGGAUCGUAACUCAGAUUUCUUUUUACACGGUGGAAACUCGUUGCUACUUAUGAGGCUUCAGGGCGCCAUCAAGGACUCUAUGGAUAUCUCAGUCCCCAUCAGCGAAUUGUACCAAGUCAGCACGCUCGGAAAGAUGGCUGCUCAUCUCCGCAACAAACGAGAUCAACUAGCCACAGAGUUCGAACCCAUCGACUGGGAGCUGGAAACCGCCAUCCCAGAUCACAUUUUGGCUAUCUCACAGGACUCGCAACCAUCAACUUCAUUGAGUGCAGAAGGGCACGAGAUUGUACUCACGGGAUCGACAAGCUUCCUUGGAGCAGCAGUUCUAAAGGCUUUAUUAAAGGAGUCUACAGUCAAGAAAGUCCACUGCAUCACUGUCCCCAGCGACCAGAGCAGCACGCUUCCAGUCCAUCCUAAAGUUGUCCACUACCAAGGCACCCUUUUGUCACCCACCCUCGGACUCUCAGAGACAGAGCGCUUGAAGUUGCAAACAUCGGCUACUUGCAUCAUCCACGCCGGUGCAAAUGGGCACUGCUUAAACAACUACUCAUCUUUGAGGGUGCCCAACGUGUAUUCCACACACUUCCUAGCCUCGCUAGCUCUACCACGAGGCAUUCCUAUCCACUUCAUCUCAUCCAAUCGAGUGGCUCUCCUCUCAGGAAGCAUGCAGCCGGCGGCCGAGUCCAUGUCCCAAUUCACUCCUCGUACAGAUGGUGCAGAAGGCUUCACAGUGGCCAAGUGGGCGAGCGAGCGGUUCCUCGAAACCCUUGCUGAGAAAGCCCAUCUCCCCGUCACGAUUCACAGGCACUGCAUCCUGACAGGCGACGAAGCACCAAACGAAGAUGCCGUGAAUGGUGUCAUGAAAUACUCCUCAUUGACUCGUACAGUUCCGCUUUUUGCGAACUUUGAUGGAUUCUUCGAUCUCAAAGAUGUCCAUACCGCCGCCGCCGAUAUUGCAACCAAUGUUCUGUCAGAGGACAGUACGGAUAGAAGCGUGCGAUUUAUCCACCAUUCCAGCGGCGUAAAAGUGCCGAUAUCAGACUUUAAGAAGCACUUGGAGAAGCUCUAUAGCGGAGUCUUUGAAGAGGUGACAAUGGAUGAGUGGAUUGGCAAAGUGCUCGAGGCAGGCAUCGAUCCACUGAUUACCAGCUACUUGCAGGCAAUGGCUGAGAAGGAGGAGGUGAUUCAAUUUCCAUUUUUAGGAGUUUCUUGA